CAAAACGGCCAUGUCGCGAUCGUUGGACACUAUUACGCACCAAGUAUAAAAGAAGGAUGUCAGAAGAAAUCCAAGCAACUGGAAUAGAUGCUGAGGUUGGAGAACUUGAUGAGAUCAUUGAAGAUCUUAUUAGAAAAGAUGCUGCUAUUGACAGUGUUAAAGAAGGAAAGAAGAAAGCUGAAGCUGAUAAAAAGGCAGCAGAAGAAAUACGGAUUAAGGCUAUGGAAUGGUUUGGAAACACCAGCAAAAGAGGUAGAGAGGAUGGAGAGGAAGGAGCCAAAAAGAAAAAAAGGAGAAGUGGCAGUGAUGCAGUAGAAUUUCUCAGAGAAAAAGCAAAGUUAGAACAUUCUCUGAGAGAGGAAGAGCUACAGUUAAGGAAAGAUCAACAAAGUCAAACUCUGUUGAUAUUACAGCAACAACAGCAGAUGAAUCAAGCAUUGCUCACCCUCAUGGAAAAAUUUUUGCCUAAAGAGAGGGAUUAACUGUUAAUUACUGUAACUUAAUUUGUUGUUGUUAGCCAAUGGUAUCUUUUUGAAUGGCACUUUGCAGAGAGAGAUUUGAAUUUAUGUUCAUUAACUUUCAUAGGACAAUGGCAUUUAUGAAAGAAAUGCUUACAUUUUCAUGUUAUAAUCAUUUGAAUUCGCAUAUUAUUAUAAAUGCCUCUUGGAAACUUUGGUGGCUUCUCAGUCAUGCAGAAGCUGGUACGAAAAAAGACAAAUUAGGCUUAAACAUUUUGUUGUUAAUUUAUUGGUUAAAAUUGUUGGACUGUACAUGUUGAAUAUAUGUUUAUAACAAGUGUCUGAAA